AUGUCCCAACCUCAAGACCUUCUCGACUCAGUGUCAGGCCAGCUUCGCAACCUGCCUCUUUUGGCCACGCCUGAGACUUGCUCCGGUCGCUCAUACAUUGUCACUGGAGCCAAUUCUGGGCUUGGGUUUGAAGCAGCAAAGCACCUCGUCUCCCUCGGCGCAGCUAAGGUGAUCCUGGCCGUCCGCAAUCUCAGCGCCGGCGAGAAGGCCAAGGCCGACAUAGAAGCAAGCACGGGAAGGACCAGCUCUUCCGAGGUCUGGCAUCUUGACCUUUCCAGUUAUGAGUCUGUCAAUGACUUUGCCAAACGAGCCACCCUCAAACUUGACCGCAUCGACGCCCUGAUUGAGAAUGCUGGUGUUCCCAUUGACAUGAGCAACCAGGCCGAGGGUCAUCCUGCCACAUUCACUGUCAACGUGUUCAGUACUUUCCUCCUGGCAAUGCUCCUCUUGCCCAAGAUGAAAGCGGAUGCUCAACGACUUAAGAUUGCCCCUCAUAUUACGAUUGUCUCCAGUUCGGUGGCGUUUUUCACACAACCUCUCUGGGACCUGGGUAAAGAUGACGCCAACCCCAUGAACAAGAUCGUCCAAGUGGGACAGCUGGACAUGACCAGUGGGUAUACUGUGUCGAAACUCCUUGAGGUGCUUGCGGUUCGCCAUAUCGCUUCCUUAAUCCCUGUAUCUAGCACUGGAGUAGUUCUUAACUUGGUCUGUCCCGGCCUUUGCAAGACAGACAUUGGCCGCAAUGCGACUGAUGAUGUCAAAGCAGUCGCUGGAACUAUGAUGGACCAGAUUGGCCGCACCUCUGAGGACGGCAGCCGCACACUCCUCUUCGCCGCCAUCGCCGGCAAAGAUAGUCAUGGCAGGUUUACUGCUGAUUGCGAGAUUAAAGACGAUUCCGUCAUCCCUGACUGGAUCAAAGGGGGGGAGGCGGAAGAAGGACGGAAGCGACUGUGGAACGUUAUCGCCAACGAAAUUGAGCUUGCUGCGCCUGGCAGCAUUGCUAAGGUUUUCAGCUAA